AUGGAUGUACAAACGGAGAACAUGGACCCCCCGCCUUGUGAAUCCCAGCCAAGUGGAAAAAUCAGAAAAGGAUUCAAGCUAUUUGGCAAACGCAAGCCAGGUAACAUCUUUUCUAUUCGUAGCAAAGGGGAUGGAAACAACAAGUCACCUGUUAACAGGAGCAAAACUAUUGAUGGAUUAUCAGACACUGCUGCACCAGAUUCGGAGCAGGAGCUGGACAAGGAAAAGGGACAGGAUGUGAACCAAGGAGAGGGUGAGCAGGCAGAGGAGGAGACGUUUGGUGAAGAUGGCGUUCUGUCUGCCGCCACUGCACGUCCCUCCAUUUCUUCAGCCUGCUCAGCCAAAUCCCUCGGCUUCCUUUCAUUACUGAGGGGUGGCCGGAGAGGAGGGGGGGACCGUCGAGUCCAGACUGUAUCCCAACCAGUGGGUCGGCAACGUCGUGGAUUGAAGGGUCUCUUUGGUAAUGUUAAGUUCCGCUCAAAGGAUAAAGAGGACAAGGAGGAAACCCCUCCAAGCCCACUUCUCAUGUCAUCCCGCGCCAACAGUGUGGAAAUCAUCAAAGAGGAUCUCACUCUCACCCCCAAAUCCCAGCCUCGCUCUCUAGACAGCCCUGAGACAGAGAGCUAUGAGCCCGCCAAGAGCUUAAUGUCACAGGACAGCUCACCCACAUCCCCAUCAGAGACGAUAACUCCCCAGAAGACGGCAGGCAAUGUGAGUAGAACUAAUGAGCAUUUGCCGCCUUUACUCACCCCUGAACCACCCUUGAUACCUGGUGAGAAGAGCCUGAGCUCCUUGCUGGCAGACAUCUCGUCUCUCCUGACCUUUGACUCAAUCUCAGGGGGUGGAGACAUCAUGGCUGAUGUGGAGGCAGAGUGGGGCAAAGCCAUCAGUGCCAUCAGUACUGUGGUGACUGAGGCCACACCAUCAUCUACAUCUUUCUUCUCUAAACCAACCAUCUCCUCUCCGCUGACUUCAACCCCCAACUCAAUCCUUUACCUCUACUACAACAAAAGCUUCAACCUCUUCUCCCAUUGCCAAGCCGAGCACUAUCAUCACUACUUUAACCAAAUCUUCCACUUUGACUACUCACUCAGUCAAAUCAAGCUCAGACUCUACUUCAACCUCUGGGCCUUCGACCAGCAUUACAUUAAAAUCAACUCCUACAGCCACAGCAACAACAAAACCUUUAACUACCCCUGUAACGUUAACAAGCCUUUCGGCUCCAGUAAUGUCUUCCCCUUCUACAAUUUUCCCUACCACAACGACAAAGGUUACCCCAUCAACUCCAACCCCAGGCUCAAUAUCUACGACUCUUUCCAAACCUACACACACAUCUGUGGACUUAAAUAA